AUGGCAGUUAUAUUCUCCCCAACACCAACAUCCGUCCUUCCAGAGGGAGAACUGGAGGACCCCUCUGUCCACUUUUAUUCCAAGUGGGUUUCCAAGCGCUCCUUCAAAAACUUACUGGGUAAUCCCCAGGCCUCCCUAGCUCAGGUAAUCAUAAUAGUUAUCCUGGGACUGGUUAUAGAUGCCAUUUUCUAUGAUCUAAAAAGUGACCCCACGGGAAUCCAGAGCAGAGCUGGGGUGCUCUUCUUCCUGACCACCAACCAGUGUUUCAGCAGCAUAACAGCCGUGGAGCUCUUCGUGGCGGAGAAAAAGCUGUUCAUGUGAGCGUGGCUCUGUUCCGGGAAGGGCGCUGUCCACUGUCAGGGCUGGUGGUCACACUGGUCACAUCCAGAAGUUGGCCACGGAUUGGUCCCUGGGAUU